AUGGAUGCUAUGUAUAUACCUCCAGGUCGUUCACGGCGUAACACUCCAAAAAUGAUGAAUUUACAUCACUUAAGAGUGAAUUACUUUUGCGUUGUCAUUGAUAUGCAAAUUCAAGAGUUGAAUGAUCGUUUUUUCGAGGUAGAUAGUGAAUUGUGCCUUUGCAUAGCAUGUUUGUGUCCAGAUGAUUCUUUUUCUGUUUUCGACAAGAACAAAUUAAUUCGACUAGUUGAGUAUUAUUCUGAAGAUAUUUCACUAAUCCUUCUGCACUUGAUGAUCAACUUGAAACUUAUAUAUUUGAUAUGCGCACAGAUGAAAACUUUAGAGGAUUGCAAGGUCUUAGUGAUCUUGCUUGUGACAUUGGCAUUGAUUCUUUCCGUUGCUACUACUACUGUUGAGAGGGUAUUUUCUGUAACGGAUCUUGUCAAGACUCGAUUGCGCAAUCAAAUUAGAGAUCAAUCGUUGAAUGACAAUUCAGUUAUAUAUAUUGAGAAGGAUAUAUUUAACGAAAUUGACAAUGAUGUAAUUAUACGAUGUUUUCAAAAUAUUAAAAUGCGUCGAGAACAAUUAUAG